AUGGAUGUCGACCAUGCACUGAAUAUUCCUGAUGUUGACCUGGAGCUUGAUGGGGCUGGAUUUGGAGACUGGGAUGGGGUAUUUCAGGGUAGAAGUGAUGAGGGUGAUGAUCAAGUCCACGAGGAGGUGACACUGACUGACUCAGACUUCAUCAACUGGCAUCCCAAACCCCCUCAAACAUAUGGCAGGGGUCACACUUUCCUCGACUCAUUUCAUUCUGAUGAGAACAACAUGUAUCACAAAGAAAAUGACUAUUACCCAUUUAGUGGCUGGAAAGAUUGGGAGGUUGCAUUGUGGUUACUGCAUUUGGGGUUGAGCAUGGCAAAGGUCAACAGCUUUCUUUCACUUGAGAUGUCAGCCCUCCCAAGAGGUGCAAUGCUCCUUGGGACAAUUUUGUCAUCUGACAAGACCAAUAUCUCUAUGAUGACCAGUGACAGAGUUGCACAUCCCCUCCUCAUCAGCCUCGCCAAUAUACACAUGUCUACACGACUUAAAUUGUCAUCUAACACCUUUGUUCUUACUGCCCUCCCUGUGCCAAAGUUUAUUCACAAAAAAAAAUCAUUCUUUUGUGAAGCUCAGAAGUUUUGUUUGAAUGGUGUAUCCGACCCUUUCUUUGCGGACUGGAUCCUUUCUGAACCAUCCCAUUUUCUCACUCCUGAAACUCUCCACCACAUUCAUCGGGAGUUUUAUGAUCAUGAUGUGAAAUGGCUCAUUUGUGCAGUCGGGGAUGUAGAGCUUGAUUUUCGCUUUUCUGUGUUGCAGCCUGUCACGGGGUUUCACCAAUUUCACAGGGGCAUUUCAAAGCUCAAACAGGUCACAGGAUGUGCUCAGCGUGAUAUCCAGCGCUCAAUCAUUGCAGUUAGCGCAGAUGCAGCACCUAGUGCCAUGAUCACUGCCAUCCGAGCUUUGAUGGACUUUCGCUAUCUCAUGCAGUCACCUUGGAUUGACGACAAUGUUCUCAGAUGCAUUUCUGCAGUGCUCAAUGAAUUUCACACCAACAAACACACAAUCAUAGCUGGUGGAUUUCAUCACAGUCAGCAUAAUAGAGUCAUCGAUAACUGGUUUAUCCCGAAGAUUGAGCUUAUGCAGAGUAUAGUUCCAAGUAUUCGAAACAGUGGAGUUAUCAUGCAAUGGACCACUGACACUACAGAACAUGCACACAUCACCGAAAUCAAAGAUCCCACACACUCAAGCAACAAUAACAAUUACAAUUCACAAAUCUGUUGUCAUCUGGACCGCGCUGAUAAAUGUUGUUGCUUCAACCUCGCAACAAGUCUGCUGGAAAACAUCCCAGGCUCAAAUCAGCGGACUACAGAUCAUGGUGAUUCUGAUUCUGAUGAUGUCAACUUCAAUGUUGACAAUGAUGACAAUGAUGACAUCCCAGCAGAACUUCUUGCGACCAUCACAUCUCCUGGCCAUUCAUGCCCCAUCACCAAUCACUUUGCAAUUGCAAAGCUCCUCCAGGACAGGGAGGUGGGGACAGUUCCUGUGCCAUUGUGCUCAUUCUCUGUUGGACAUACAUCAUUUCAUCUUGCCCAUGUCCCAUCCAUUAGAUCCAUUUCUGUUGACGACACAGCUCUCAAGUUUGAUGUUCCAGACCUGCAACCAGCCAUUGCUGACUUUCUUAGUUGCGAAGCUGCUCAUGGGCAGGAUUAUGUUCAUACUAUUGGGGGGGCUAGGAGAGCUAAACCCACCACUUCACUUUCAUUCAAAAAGCUCCAAGUCUGGUUCAAGUUUCGAUUGCAGGAUACAGAUCUUCAUGAUAUUAGUGUUGUGCGGCCUGCUCAGACCCUGAAUUGUUCACCACAUUCUGGUGUCUGGACUUGUGGCUGGUAUGAUCCGGUCAUUGUAAACAACAAUGCGAGAUGCUCAUGGCCUGCCGAUGGUCUUCAUGGGCACACCAUUGGUGAAAUUAGGCUGAUUCUGUGUCCUGUUGGAAAAGCUGGCACAUAUUGGUCAUGGAAGGACCACUUCCUCACCUACAUCUAUCGCUUUGACAUCAUUCCACAAGGUGGAAGUAAUCGUGAACUGAGUACUCAACUGCACAUACUUAAAUGA